AGGGGUCACACUGGUGUCCCUACCAAGAGGAAGGCUACAGCAUGACAUACACCCAAAUUGGACACCACCUGGGAGGGAGAAAUUACAAAUGCCUCUCUCCCCGGGAAAAGCUCACAUCCCAUUUAGAUACUAGAGAAUCCAACCCUGAGGAAACAAGGCCUCAUUAGUGUCUUUGCCUGAGGAACUGCUUAAUUAAAGGACAACAGAGUUGAGAGCAUUGUUAUGUAGGCCUUUGUUCCUUACACCUGGUCAUUUCCAUUGAUGUAAAAUGCCAUCUUUCUGAUCUGGUAGCAUUUUGCACCCACUUUAGACAAGUAUUCGUGGCCAGCUGAGAAGGUGCAGAGAAGGGAAGAAUCAGACCUUUAUUACAGGUAAUUACAGCCUCACCUAGCCAUCAGGUGGAGGGCGUACACCACUAUUAGCCAGUACUCCCACAAAGAGAACAAAGGCUGGCUGGAAAGUGGGAGCCACCCAGGGAGCAUCCCUGUGUCCAGCUACACCACUCUCAGGCGACAGACAUGCUGGGGAGGUCAUGACCAUAGGAUCCCUCAUCUCUCAGCCUCCUGCAUGUUUUCCUGGUUUUAAUCCAGCUUGAUUUAGCAUUACAGGUGAAGGCCAUGAGAUGAGGAGACUAAAUGAGAAAUGGUUCCAUAACUGACGAAAUCAGCUCUGAGUAAAAAUGCUAAAGGAGGUAGGGGGUAGCUAUCAAAGCUUGUCUCAGCAACUAGCCUAAUUCUGUUUUCAAAAGCCACUGUUGAGUGCUUUUGAAAAUUUUAUCCUAGAUGCUUGGCUCAAAGACCUUAACCAAUGAUUUUUUUUUUCUCUAUCUGCUGUACAAAAGCUAAAUAUAAACCCACAUUAUUGAAAAAAACCCUAACAAUACCCCUGUUGCAAGUCUAGAAAAAUCUUUACACAUAAAAUUGAAUUAUUGGAGACCAGCAUCUAAAGUGUCAUUUGGUUUUGGAUGCUUCUUUGUUUUGUGUACACAAUUUGGCAUAAAGAAAAAUGUUAUUUCCAACAGCAAAUAUUUGCCUUCUGUUCUUUUUAUCUUCUCCUAUUUGCCUUUUCUUCUCCUGCCCUCAGAAAGCCAGGGCCUGAGUGUCUCUGGAUGGGUAACUAAAGUUCCUUUUGAAAAUGCAGAUUAGUCUAAUUUAUCCAUACAAGUAUGUGCAUAUGUGUGUCUGCUGUUUGUCUGGGGAGAGUCUGAAUGACUUUUCCGCUGAUUGGCUGUGGGACCACAAGUAAGUCAUAAAGCUAGCCCGUGCCUCAGUUUACCCGCUGCAGCUUCAUUAAUGCUAACCUAGCUCAUGAGGUGCUGUAAUGUUUAAUAUAUUGUGUGCUCUGUAAUCCCUGGAUUAAAUGUAUUAUGUAAGUGAAAAGCACCUAUUUGAUGUAUAUGCAAAUGCCGCAGUAUUAUAUAGGUAGGAGGGUCAUUUGGGUGUAAGUGUAAUACAGGCGCUGGCAAAGGGCAAAAGGGAUUCCAUUGUAUUGACUUAUUUUUAAAGAGCUUUUUAUUUACUGAAAUGCUCCGGACACCCAGAAAGAGAGACAUUCCUCACUAAGCAUGUCUGCUGUUUCAUCUGUCUCGAAGUGCUUUGAUAAAUGGAUUGAAACUUGUCAGCUUUUCCUGUAGUUUCUGAGAAUCCCUCUGGAAACCCUGUUGAAAUGUUAUUAUGGUAACUUCUUAGAGUGCUACUUAAUGAGUUGUAACAGAUAUCCCUGCGAGUCCCACAGAAGCUGUGAGGACUGUGCUUCCUCUCCUGCUCCGGCAGAAGCAAGGCCCUGGGCCUUGAGAGCUCUCGUCCUCCUCCACCAUGUGGAGAUCACCACAGGCCUGUGCCAUGUAGACCACCAUGGGCCUGUGCCUGGUCUGCCUCACAGAUGGGUGGCCGGUGGGCCUUCAGUGACAUUGAGCACAGUGGGAUGUCAUCCCUUUGGUUAGAGGGGAAUUCUGUCUUUCAAUGGUAAACUGUAGGAGGGGUGACAAAUUAGCAUGGGUUUAAGUGAGCGAGAGUUGAUCUUCUCUUUGUUUAGGAUGAGGUAUUUCAGCUUGAGCAUGAGGUAUCCGGAAGCUUGGGCUGGAGACCAGGGUGCCUGUGGGCAGUCUGAUCUCUCACUGCCUACAGAUCCCACCUGCAGCCUUUUCUCGGGCAACCAUUCAUGAUGGAUAGAGGCCAUCACAAAAUGCCACCAUCCAUCCACAGAAGAGGUAAACACGGCAGCUCUUCUGAAGCCAGCAGGAUCAUUAGAGCUUCCUGAAGAUAUCUGCUGAGGAGGUGGGCAGAGUGACUGACAUAGACACAUAUGUGGUGUGGAGUUGGAGUGUGGAAGCCAACCAUCUAGGGGUCACUUUGGGACCCACUACAUUUCCUACCCUGUUGUAUCAAGCAGUGGGGCAAUGAGAUGCCGUGGUGACUUCUUAUUUUCUACCUCCAGCCAACUGACAGGACUCGUGCUCCUUCUCUGAUUUCCCUGGAGCAGGGGGUAUGUGACUGGUGAUAUAGUUAGGUAGGUUAGGUAGCUUGGUUCUGCUGGGUAUGGUCAACGAUCCUCAUCCUGAUGCAUCAGUCACUUAAAACACUAAAAGUGGUUUGGGUUUUUUGUUUGUUUGUUUGUUAGUUGUUGGUGUUUGUUUUUUUUUUAAGUCUUCUCUGUGUUUUGCUGUUUGUUAGUUUUUGUUGUUUUUUUUUUUUUUUUUAAAGAGUAUGAAGUUGAUCUAUUGCUACUCAAGCUGUCAUGAAGUGAGAAAUGGCUAAAGGCACAGCUCCAGCAGCAUUAACAGCUGUGCCCCUUGCCCUGCCUGGUACGACUGACACGUGCCUGGAGUAGAUAGCACUGGUCAUCUCCAGCUUGAAAAAUAUCAGCAUGCCUUCCUCUUGCCUCCAAAAAUGAACUUGGGCCGUCUAGAGUGAGGUAUGCAGGAAGAUGGGGGAGUGGGGGUGUUGAAGGAGCUCCUGUUCGGUUUGGCAUUGGAGCAGGACUACAAAUAAUCUAUGUAUAGGUCACCUUUCCGUGAUGAGGCCUUGGAGGUGACUCCAUUACCCUCAGCACAUUGAGGCCAUGUUUGAUUUAUGCAGCCUUUUAUUUCACUUUUUAUUAUCAUUUUGCAUAUUAAAAUUUGUAUAGGCAGCCAGAAGAGAGCAGCAUCUACACAAUGCUCGACACAAUGGAGAGGAUUAGGAAUCAGUGGCUCACUUCUUUGGGACCUGGACUGGGGGGUAAGGGGUGCUAAAGCAUCCUUUCUUUAUUCUUUGUUUUAAAAGUACUUCCAAUUAUUCCUUUCUGUGGAUCCUCACUAAAAUAUAAUCUAUGACCAAUACCAAUGUCUGAUUUCAGUUGCUGGAUUCAAAAAAUUAUAUAAAUUAUAGAAAACCAAGGCUACCUUGGUCUCUUUUCUGAGCUGUUCACCUUUGCUUUUAAAGUUUCUUCACUCUUCUCAGCCAGACCAAAUAUAUCAGUGUGCAUACAUAGGUGAUGCCAAGAUAUGAUUUAUUUUUUUCCAAAAUAACUCCUGAUUUGGGAUUUUUUUGGUAUUUUAGCUGCCCUUGCAUUAAAUUCCUCCAAUAGUCUAAUUCACGCUAGGAAUGCUCUGGAAAUCAAACCUACUAAAGUCAUCUCUGUUUAUUCCUCCCAAAGUGAAAUCACCCAUGUCCUCCUGGCCCUCGUGAGAUCCUGGAGGAAACUGUCUGCACACACACAUUGACACAUCUUUAGUGCAUUCCACACAAGCCAGUGAAAUUACACCAGAAAUAUGAAUUUAGACCACACCAUGUGUGUGUGCUGUGCUGUUUGUAUAGUGUACAUACACACAUGCCCCAGCAAACACUCUGAUUUAAAUUUCAGAAAAAGCCAUUCAAGACAUUGCUGUGUAAUUCACUUUAUGACUGUACACUGUACACAUUCCUAGAAAACGAACGUGUAUUCUGUGAAUGUUCCCACUUUACAAAAAUAUUUGACUUGGGUUUAUUUUAUUUUUUUUUAAUAUUGAGGGUUUUGAAAUCUCAGUAAUUGUCACGAUUACCAUGUGUAAUAGAAAUUAGAAGGAAGCUUGGGUUUUGGCUUUGAAGCUACCAACUUCUAAGAGUACAUUUUUUAAGUUUUCUUUUUAAGGUGCUUCUUCAUGCCUCAGCUAAACUUUCCCCAGAUUACGUGUUAGCUAUGAUAGCUGUUCUAUAGUUAGAUUUUAAUCAGCCUUAGUACACAGUAAUGUUAAACACUGAAAGAGCUACUAAUUAAUCGCCUUUCUGUAUGUAACAGAGAGAUAAAUAUCCAUCCCGGAGGAAUUGUAAUUUCAUGGUUUCUAAUGAUGGUUAGAUUACAUUAUCUGGAUCACUUAGGCUGUGGGUGUCAUAAAAAAUGCUCAAAGUCAUUUAUAUUCAGUUUAAUUUUUUUUUUUAACUUUGUAAGCCUGAGAAAAUAAUGCGGUGUUAGCAAGUCUGUUUCAUAUUUUAGUUAAAUAUACCUUUGUUGCACUGACUGAAUGGAUUCAGAUGACAGUGACAAACUCAGUUCUUUUCUAUUUAACAUGCACCCUCAGCAAUCAAAUUAACAAUGUACAAAUCUUCAUCAGGCUUCUGCAGAAGAGUCUUGAAUUCUGCAGUGUUGUUGAGCUUCAGAGAAAAAAAUUAUUUUUGGAUAUUCAUUUGAAAUGAAUCUGCUAAUUCUUGUAUCAUUCUGUAAAGUCAGAGUUGUCUGUCUUGAAACAAGAAUUAACUGGACUUUGGGUUUUUAUCAGGCUGCAUCUCAAAUAAAAUAGUGCAAUCCAACAACUCUUUCAGCAGUUUGUACCUCUCAUUUUCCCCUCUCCAUUCUUAACUGAUUGGAGUCCAUGCACAACUUGUGUGCCUGCACAUCUGUGUCCAUGACACACUUAAAUUUGGUAGCUACAAAAUGUUGAAAAAAAAAUCCUACUCCAUGUGUAUAAUAGCUAAUAGUUGCAUAUUUUGAAGUUACGCUCAUUCAUAUUUAAAAGGCUGAGGCUUCUUUGAACUGCUGUGUUGGAGGGGGAAGUUAAUUGUUUCUGAAUGAGGAUGAUACUCCCUUUCCAUAUCAAUUAUGUGUACCGCUCCAAAUUAUCAAUAAUGCUCAUUUCCAGUCCCCAUCGUUUGCAGUUUUGCAGUGGGCGAGUGCUCUUGCAGAGCGCUGCCUGGGCUGCAGCUCCAUCCUGCACCCGCCGGGAACCAGGGGAGGGAGGCAGCCCUGGAGGAGCAAGGUGAGAUACAGAAAUGUGAUAUAUUUGCAAGAGAGGGUUUGUCAUCAGUUAGCUAAAAUUGCUUCUGAAGUUUCGCUGGCAACUGUUUUACAUGUCUGACUUGGUGACUAAGGAACUAUACUAUCUUAAUAGAGAACUCCAGAACUUCAGAAGGGUUUCUUCUUGUUUGAAUGCACAGCACAAUGAAUUUGUACCCACAGAGCAUUCACCACUUACAUUUCAAAACCUACAGCACACUAAACGUGAAACUUUUGUUCAAAUUUCAAGGAUUUUGAUAGCCCAAGUGAAUAGACACUGCCUAUUGAUUUUUCCCUUACAAUGACUCUUGGAUAACCUAUUUUCUCAUUUAUUUUUAACGACAGCUCAUGAGAUUUUACAGCAAUUCUGCCCAACCUCCUAAUAUCAAAAUCCCUCCUUGACCCUGAAAAUUGUAAUUCUGCUAUAGAUCACAGCUGCUGAAUAUUACCUUUUACUAAGCUGGUUAAAUAAAAUAUGUCCAAAUCACUAGAUCCCACAGGCCAUGACUGCAAUUCUAAUUAUGCAGGGUCUGUAUUUCUGCUCUGCCGUACAGAAAAGCACAUCUCUCUCUGAGUCCACACCAAAGUGUGGGAAUCCAGAAUAUUGGUUCUAGUUUUGAAUUUAAAAAAAAAAAAAAAAAGUUACACUGCUCUUCAAUGAUUUUCCUGUAAAACUUUUACAAGGGAACCAAACGCUUUUGAUGUGUUCCGUACAAUAAAAUGCUGUGUAAGUCUGGAGGACAGAAGCAUGUGGCGAGAAUUUUCUUGUGACUGGGGGAUGGGUGUAUUUGAUGUGUACCCAUUUCAAAAUCAAAAAAAAAAAAAAAAAAAA